AUGGCUCACGGUAUUGGUUUCUCGAUUUUUUUCAUGCUAUGGCUUGCAGGUUGUGCAUCUGCCGAUGGCGGGGAUGAUUUUGCGAACAAUCUAGCUUCAGACCUAGGGCCUAUUAUUGCGCUAUUUGGCGAACGGGUCGUCAUGCAGUUCAUGAGCCAAGCCAUGGGCAUCGCCGACUGCAUCCUCUUGGCUGUUGCCCCGAUUGGCGCAAUCACAACCGUUGUGAGCGCUAUCCGAGUGGCCGGGCCGGCAUGGCUGAAGUCGUUUAUUGGAAGAGCCAGAGAGAAUCUCUCAGCGGCAGAGAUCGACGUCAUGUCAUCAACGUCCAAAGAGGCAUGCGAGCUUUGGAACGGGCACAGCGUGGUUAGAUGUCCGGGAUCGGCCGAUAUAUAUCAGUUCAUCUGCCUUCUGCCAAAUGGGAGUAAUCCCGAUUCUUUAUCUCAAAAGGACGUUCAUAUUCGGUAUGAGAAACUGGAGGAAGUAGAGAGUAAAAAGAUUCUCCAGCAGAUCGAAUCCGGAAGUCAGCAAAAUGAAUCCAGCACCAGCACUCAAAUAGAGGUUGUUGCACCUGAAAGCACAAAGAACCCUGCCGUGAUCAGCGGUGUUCCUGUGAUCCGAAAAAGAGACACUGCCAAGACCGAUUCUAGCAAGACAACCUCGGGAAAGACUGACUCUGGAAAGACUGAUAGCGGCACCACAUAUUCCGGGCUUUCGGAAUCCGACAAGACAGACAAGAAGGAAAUGAUUGUUGUUGUUGAAUCUGAUGAGAGCGCACCGAAUCUUCUCCUCAAUUGCCACGAUAGAGUCGAACGAGGCGAAAUCUAUCUUGCAGCCACUAUCGGCGUGAUACUACAGCUUGGUGCCCUUGUAUAUUUUGGCUUCAUCACCUAUCAUCAGCCUAUCAAGGGCAAAUUUUUGAAGGAUGGCAAGAGAGUCGUCGACUAUGCUUUUCCAUGUGCCGCUGGAGGAACCCUUCUCUUGGUGCUCGGUCUUUUCAUGUGCGCGUGGGUCGUUGAAAAGAGCACAGCAGAGAAGUGUUAUAAAGCAGAUAAACAUCAGAUUUUUAUCGUAUGGUUGCAAAAGCAUCAUACUGUGGCCGAGGAAAAUAUGCAAGAGAGUCCCAUUUUUGGCCAUACCGAAAAGGAUGCCGAAGAUACAAAGGAGAAGGAUGAGCAGACUCGGGAAAGAAUUUUGGAGAAUAUUACAUUUAUCGGCGCUCUCAUUUCUCUCAUUGGAUUCAUUGCACAAUUUAUUGGAAUGAGAGGACUCAAUUGGACAGCAUCAAUCCUACAGCUUGGCAUCACAAUUGUGGUGACAAUUAUAAGGGUCAUUGUUCGACGUGGACUCGGAAAAUCUCCGAUUCGAACGCGGUUGAAGUCGAAAUCUGAGCUGGAUUGGUUUGCUCUGAGCUUUGGAGAUAUUAAAUCGGCUCCCUGGGCAAUACUUGAUGGCAUUCCUCGCAAGGGGAGAGAGAAUGAUGCUUCAAAAGACGACAGUUCUCCCAGGUGGCAUGUCCUCACCGGAGACAAGCAAGCGUAUCGCUCUCUGAGGCUAGAGGACGAUGACAGCCAACAGAUUGAGAAAACAUCAAUGGCCCAUAAGAUGAUGGUGGCGCGACAGCAACUGCGAAAUCUUUCCAAGUGGAAAAGUCCGGCCCGUGAAGAAGCUGCUCGUUUAACAUCCGCGAUUGAAACCAUUGCCCAAACAUUUCUAGAACAAUUGCCUGAAGGAAAUUAUGUGUGGAGCAUUCCAGCAAUUUAUACUGGGUUAUCAGAUAAACAUGUCGUUGAACAUGUCGAUAUAGAACUUGAGAAGAAAAAUGAUAUGAGAUGGCAGAUCAAAGAUGGAAGCGAGAGAAUCGAGGCAAUUCUCUCUCUAUGGCUGUACUCCAACCCGCCUGGGAAACUUUCUGGCGGUAAUCAGUCUCACCAGAUGCGGCUGUAUGGAUCAAGUGAGCACAAGGGCCGCUUGUCCCGAGAUCUUCAUUGGUGGAUGCCAGAAGUCAUCGCUGAAAUGUCUACGCAACCCAAAGCUGAAAUAGACAAGAAGAAAACGACUGGUACGACGGUAGUCGGGUUCACCUCAGAAGAAGGACCCGUCAAGUCUACAGACAAAGACGGGGAAGAUUCAAAGUAUCUCGUUCUCGAGUGCCAAGAAAAGCAAGAAAGGCUUUUCUCCAGGGACUUGUUGUUCUCAUUUUUACGCGCAGUCGCAAAGAUGCCUGAAGUCACCAUCACAAGCGCGUCGAGCAUACAACAGAUGAACUAUAGUAAGAUGACAGAAGACUGGAAAGAGCUGAAGAUUAAAAACGACACUAUUUCCAAUUUGGCCAGGAAACUUGAGAAGAUCGGAUUCGGGACGCUAUCGGAUAUAUAUUUCGAUAUUAUUGUGCCCUUAAGCCUCGAGCAGAAACUAAGCAACAUCAAGAACGUCAUUGACGAUGCCACAAAGCAGGCACAAAAAUAUGAACGAGCAUGCCAAUGGGAAAAGCUAGUUGAUAGUUGCUGUUGUCUCGUUAACUUGGCUCUACAAUUUGAUCUAGCAAAGGAGUUGCGUCACGAAGCAGUGCUCCAGAAGUCGGAAGGGCGGGAGGAGGAAGAGCUUACCAAACAAUUGAACAUUCUAAUAACAAAAUUAAAGGACGAAAAGUUCGCAAAGCAAGCUAAUAUCCCAAUACCGACGAGGCUGCUAAUGAAGGAAUGGCACUAUGCGAUGCCUUUCAAUGCAAUAAUUGGUCCUUCACCUGACAACAUAAGAUCAUUGCCGGAGAGUUUCCAAAUCACCGAUGAUCAUCAACAGUUUAUGCAAGAAAUCGAGUCGGAGAAAACUCUAUACUUCUGGGACUUCGAAAAGCUCGAAAAGGCAGACGCCUUUGGUUGGUCGCCGCUUCAUUACGCGGCCAACUUACAAGCCGACAACAUGCGCAUAGUCUUUUCUAAGGAAAAAGAAGCUCUCAACCUUCGAGACUUUAUGGGAUGGACGCCCUUACAGCAUGCUUGCCUCGUAGGAAACGAGAGAGUAGUGGACAUGCUACUGGAUCGCGACGCUCCAAUUCAGAUUGCCGGAUAUGAUGGGAUUACGCCAAUGCACUGUGCUGUUCGAAGUGGAAAUGCCGAUAUUCUGCAAAUGCUGGUCGAUAAAGUCAAAUCAGGACGCCAGAAAUAUACUGGAAAGGGCGUGGUCCACGUGGAUCGCAACGAGAGACAUCCGAUUCACUGGGCUGCAGUCAGGGGAGAUGUGGACUCAGUCUGGCUCCUAAAGGACGACAUUAGUCUCAAGGAUCGAUUCGGUUGGACCUGUCUACAUCUAGCCGCGAUAUAUGGACACAAGGACUUACUGACAUGCAUCAUUGAAGAUUGCGGAGCAGACAUUAACAUCGGCGACAAUGAUUCCCGUACACCUCUGCAUCUCGCAAUCGAAAACAAGUCAUUGCCGGCGAUCCCUUUGCUAAUCGAAGCUGGUGCACAACUCGAUGCCAAAUCAAAAGAUGGCUCAACUCCGCUUCACAUCGCAGUUAAAGAGAUUGAAACUGUACGGCUGCUUCUGAAAAGUGGCGCUGAUAAGGAAGCAACUGAUCUAGAAGGACGGACGCCACUCUAUCAAUCCCUGGCAGAUGGUACAAUCGAAGUUGCUACACUUUUGGUGGACGAGGGUGCAAACGUUGCGACAGCGGCAAAGGAUGGGAGAACGCCACUACAUAUGGCUCUUAGUCUUGGGUCAAAGGGAUUCGGCAUUGCACAAAGACUUCUUCAAUCUGAUUCAAUUAAAGCCGCUGAUUAUGCCAGGGCUAAAGCCAAAGACGAAGCAACUCCACUACACAUAGCAGCAGAGCAUGGCCCAUCCGAAGCUAUAGAGUUGCUACAUCGACUUGGAGCCGAUGUUGACGCGCUGGACGAUUUCGGACAAACGCCGUUGCUCAUAUCAAUCUACAAGAAGAAAUGGGAGAUUGCAGAACUGCUGAUCAAAGCUGGUGCCAAUGUUGAUGCUGACGAAAGAGAGGGAUACGCACCUCUACUUGGUGCAGUUGCAGGAGGAAGCGACAGAAUUGUGCAACUACUGUUGAAAGCCAAGGUCGAUGUUGAUGCUGUUGAUGAAGAUGGAUAUUCGCCACUGCAUCUUGCAGUCUCUCAAAACGAAGUCAAUAUCCUCCAACAGUUGUUAAAAGCGGGCGCGAAAAUUGAUGCUGUUAGUGAGUAUCGUAACCAAACGCCAUUACACAUUGCUGUUCGCAAUAAACACAGUGAUAUUGUAAAGAUCUUGCUCGAGAAGGGAGCCAGCACCACAUUAUACAACUCUCUCGACUUUUCGCCGUUACAACACUCGUUGUAUAUCGGUAACCUUGAGCUUGUGCAAGAUUUUGUUGCACAUGAUAAGAAAGCAAGCGUGAAAGCGGUUUUAGAAAAGGGAAAAGACGGCAACACUCCAAUGCACACUUUGUGUCAAUGGACCUAUCAGGAGAGUGAUGAAGAAACCAUGCUCAAAAUGCUUGAUGAACUUUUAAGCGUUAGCCUGGAGGUUGACAUUAACGCCAAGAAUGGUGAACAAUUAACUCCGUUAGAUUUGGCAGUUUCUAGAGCAGGAGAUUAUCGCAAUUUCGUAUGCACGUUGGUGAGAAAGGGUGCAUUGUCAGGUUCGGAGGAAACAUUGGAAGAAUUCCUAAUCUGGAAGAAGGAUAUGGGCAUUAGCGAUGAGAUGCUUGAAUGA